ACCAGCAGUUAUAAGAAUCAUACGCAACAUCCUCUGUUCCAUUGGACUCCAAAUUCUAACAAACAACUUCAUUAACUAUAAAACUUACCUGGAUUUGCAUGGACAAAAUAGAAGAUGGAAGGUUGGUUACCAUGAAAGCAGUAGCAAAUCAAUAUGCAUGCAAACUCAAAGCCUAGGAAGUACUAGCAAGAAAAUAGAACAAUGUAGUAGAACAAAAAACAACUUAAUUGUGUACGAUUUAAGGAUGUGAUUCAUACCUGUGGUUGCCGCUUGUGAGGCAGAAUUAUAUGACGUGAUUAGGAACGUGUUAAGAUCCUCUUUCCAACACCUAUCAAUUUAUCGAACUACAUGGACUUUGAUCUCGACUACUCGGUUACGUAGGCAAUUAAUAGGUUCGAGUACAACUAACCAAAAACUUUUUCUUUACUUUCGAGUUUUUGCGUCAAUAGACGCAUGAUCAAGUCUUAAUAUAUGAUCCUAAUUAAUAGAAUGGACUCCAAAUCCUAAUAUAUGAUCAAGUCUUCUUUUCAAGCAUACCGUUGAUCACUAGAACUUUUUCUUUCCUCGGCCACCGCUUAUUGAUCUUUGAAUGUUUAUCCGCACAGUCUAAUCCAUCAUCCGAAUACUCCUCCACAAGAAAGCAAAUAAGUACAAAGCAAAUAAGAUUUACCUUUUGAUGUUCAGUAGUCUGGGUAUGUUUUCCAGGUACAUCAGGGGACGCUCGGAGCCGAUCUGAGAUUACCUGAGAUCGUCGACGGGAACGCUCUCUCUGUCUCUGUUGCUGCAGCUGCUAGAAGCUUCCCGAAAGAAGAUAGAAUUGGAGCGCGCUGUAUUUAUAGGGUGAUAGUCGGUUUGGUUGCGGUUUAACCGUACCAAUUUUUCGGUCAGUCGAGGUGCCCGAUACCUGCCUACGUGUCCGUGACUAGUCCGUCUAGCAGAAGCCGCACCGGCUGUGCUGAUCGGUUAGCCGCAACCGCAAAUGUCGAUUUGGUUAGACUGCCAGCCGAGCCGAUUAAAUGAGUGGAGAAAAAAGAAAAAAAAAGGAGGAAUUUAAUGGGAGGAGAGCCGGAGACAAAGAGUAAGGGGAAUAAAUGGUUGCAUAAAAAGGGCUAAAUUGUAAGUUUGGUCACUCGAAUUGCUACAAAAUUUCACGUUUGGUCACUCGAAUUCGUUUAUUUUAUUUGUAAUCACUUAAAUUAGUUGAACAGUUCAAGUUCAGUCACUCUCCGUUAACCUCCGUCAGACUCCGUUAGUGCCGUCAGUUAACUGCUGACAUGGCUAACAGAGAUGCCUAGUCACCCAAUUUUAACCCAAGAAAAAAAACAGAAAUUGACCCGCCACAUCAGAAAAACAUGUCACCUCACAUAAACACAACCCAACCUAAAAAAAACCAUUAACUCACCCAGAAAUCGAACCCGUGACCCAUCCAGACUAUGACUUAUUGACUUUCAACUUCUUCUUCAUCUUCUUCAUCCCUCUCUCUCAAGAAAAUUAACCCCAAAUUCCACAACGGCAAGCCUUCAAAUUCAACCCCAAUUCCUCCACCGAUUCCCUCUCCUUCUCCACCACCUUCGUCUUUGCCAUGGUCCCAGAAUCGCCAUCGACGGGCGGCCACGGCAUCGCCUUCGUCAUCUCCCCCACCACCGACUUCACCCACGCCGUCGCCAGCCAGCACCUGGGUCUCUUCAAUUCCACCAACAUGGGUAGCGAAUCCAGCCACGUCGUCGUCGUCGAGCUCGACACGAUGCGCAGCCCCGAGUUGCAGGACAUCGACGACAACCACGUCGAGCUCGACCUCAACACCCUGAUCUCCACUCCUUCUGAUCUCUCCACAUACCUCAACGAAUCGAUGUACGUCGGGUUCUCGUCGUCGACGAGCACCGUCACCAGCGCGCGGUACAUUCUCGGGUGGAGCUUCGCCAAAGUGGAAGAAGAACCCCCACCGUUGGAUCUCCGCCUUCUCCCCGUCUCUCCCCGGCCGAGCAAGCCGGUGAAGAAAUUAGGCACCGCGCCGAAGGUCUUCCUCGUAAGUUUAUCAAUCUCUCUAGUCGCAAUCGCCGUCGUAAUUUUAUCUAUCUCUCUAGUCGCAAUCGUCGACGAACAUCACAUCGGGUUUGCGAGGCAACCUGUGAAAGUCGGGGUCGGGUUUGUGGGAGAUGAAGCCCCGGGCAAGUUAUCGGUCGCGAAUCUGGAUCCGGCGGCGGGGGCUGCAGCAGGGAGAUCGAGGAGAAAUCCCCUCGGCGACGGUGGAAGCAGGGUAUAGAGGAAGAAGAAGAAGGGUGGAUGGGUCUCGGAUUCGAUUUCUGAGUGGGUUAAUGGUUUUUUUUAGGUUGGGUGAGUUGGGUUGUGUUUAUAUGAGGUGACAUGUUUUUCUGACGUGGCAGGUCAAUUUCUGUUUUUUCUUGGGUUAAAAUUGGGUGACUAGGCAUCUCUAUUAACCACGUCACCAGUUAACUGACGGCACUAACAUAGUCUGACGGAGGUUAACGGAGAGUAACCGAACUUGGACUGUUCAACUAAUUUAAGUGACUACGAAUGGAAUAAACGAAUUCGAGUGACCAAACGUUAAAUUUUGUAGCAAUUCGAGUGACCAAAAUUGCAAUUUAGCCAGAUUAUUUAUUAAACUUAAUCCAUUCAUAAUUUAGUAUUUACAUAUUUUAGAAAAAAACUCCAAAAGUAGGAAAAAAUCCCAAGUUACACAUGUUUUUAAAAAAAAUUCUCAAAAUACACAUGUUAUGAAAAAAAUUCCCAAUCUACACAUGUUUGGGCCUUCACCGUGGGAGAGAAAAACGGUGAUUGCUUCACCGUGGGAGAGAAAAACGGUGAGUGCUUCACCGUGGGAGAGAAAAACGGUGAUUGCUUCACCGCGUGAGAGCAAAACGGUGAAGCACUGACCUGCGUCCGAACUUUAAAACAACGUAACUUUGUGCUCGGUUAUCCGAUCGUAGCGAAUUUUUUUUUGAUUCCGCAUAAUUUUUCGAGAUCUUGCAAGCCGCAAACCGCCGGAGGCGGUUUGGUCCCGCCUUCGUCUCGAAAAAAUGUCGUUUGCUACCCCGAACGACCCUUUUUUCGAUUUCGUCAAACUUUGAACGACCAUAACUUUGUGCUCCACAAUCUAAAAAUCAUGAAUUUUUUUUUGAUUCCGCAUAACUUUUUAAGGACUACAAUUUUUAUCAUAGACAUAAUUUCGGAAUGCACUUGGAUUCAUGAAAAGGGAAGGUAAAGUUAUUCCCAAAACCCCUUAUAUCCAUAAAUAAUUCAUUUUUUGAAAAUUCUCUCCUACUAAAAAUUGUAGUCCUUAAAAAGUUAUGCGGAAUCAAAAAAAAAUUCAUGAUUUUUGGAUUGUGGAGCACAAAGUUAUGGUCGUUCAAAGUUUGACGAAAUCGAAAAAAGGGUCGUUCGGGGUAGCAAACGACAUUUUUUCGAGACGAAGGCGGGACCAAACCGCCUCCGGCGGUUUGCGGCUUGCAAGAUCUCGAAAAAUUAUGCGGAAUCAAAAAAAAAUUCGCUACGAUCGGAUAACCGAGCACAAAGUUACGUUGUUUUAAAGUUUGGACGCAGGUCAGUGCUUCACCGUUUUGCUCUCACGCGGUGAAGCAAUCACACGGUGAAGCACUCACCGUUUUUCUUUCCCACGGUGAAGCACUCACCGUUUUUCUCUCCCACGGUGAAGCAAUCACCGCCCUUCUCUGACGCGGUGAAGGCCCAAACAUGUGUAGAUUGGGAAAUUUUUUCAUAACAUGUGUAUUUUGAAAUUUUUUUUUAAAAACAUGUGUAACUUGGGAUUUUUUCCCCAAAAGUACCACUGUUUAAAAAAAAAUCCAAAAAUACCACCCAACCCCAAAAAAUUCCAAAAAUACCACUCUUUUUCAAAACAGCCAGCCCACCCAACGGUUUUCGUGCGGUGGGGGCGCGGGUUUCGAUGCAAACCGCUGGGCUACAGGGCGGUUAUGAAACUCGCUGGGUGGGGCGGCGGUUUUGGGCCAAACCGCCACCCCACCUAGCGGUUUGGUCCAAAAAAAAAUGGUAUUUUCGUGUAAACCGCAGGAUGGGCCGGCGGUUUUAAUAAAAAAGUGGUAUUUUUGAAAUUUUUUGGGGUUGAGUAGUAUUUUUUUUUAAUAGCGGUAUUUUUGGAAAAGUCCCAGAUUUUACUGGUAAUUAGAAGAGGAAAUUGUGAAUGAGCUGAAAUGAAAUGAAACAGAAAAU